CGUCGAAAGAGGAAUCAAGUCCAGUGUCUCGUAGACUGGCCUGAGUUCUGGCCGUCUAUAGCAUUGGUAGAGACGCAGAAUAAUCCCCUUCCCAGCCAUAAUCGGUUUCCUGCGUACUAGAUUCGGCGAAGAAAGUGGUGGGACGCUGAAGUCAGAUCACAAAAUAAUUCCUUUCUAUAGCGCCUCUUUCCAUGACAUUACAUUAGUCCUGCGUAAAGUAGCAGAGGCAACCCGAUCCGGAAUGUAUGCAACAGCCCCAGUUCUGUCGACGCCUGCGGAGCAUAUAUUUGAAGAAGAAUCUCCGAUCAUUCCGCCACUACCGCUGGACGAUGAGCAGCUAUACGUACAGUAUGAGAUUCAGCGAACCGUCAACGAGAUCCGGGAUGGUCGGUGGACAAGAAUUGCGUUGCAAUUUCCGGACGAGAUGUUAGUGCAUGCGCCUAGAGUCUUCGAUAGGCUUCAGCAUGAGCUCCGACUCCGGCCACCAUCUAAUGCCGUGCAUGUCAUUGAAGGUGGCGUCGAAGCAAUUCGACUCCAUGAUCAGGGUGAUGGUGCUGGAAAUGGCACUUGUGACGAUGGCAUCGGGGCGAAACUAUGCAUCCUCGCGGACACAUCCUACGGAGCUUGCUGCGUGGAUGAGGUUGCGGCAGAGCAUGUUGACGCUGAGGUUGUCGUGCACUAUGGCCGAGCCUGCUUGUCUCCAACUGCGCGUCUGCCUGUAAUCUACGUCUUCACUACUAAGCCGUUGGACCAAGAAGCGGCGGUUACCAGCUUCAUACGAACCUUUCCAAACCAAGACGAGAGGGUGUGCUUGUUGGCAGAUAUACCGUACCAUCACCACUUGUCGCGCCUUGGAGAACGACUACGUGAAGAAGGCUACACGAAAUAUUGCGUAACAGACAUACUCAGCGAUCCAUCUUCCCUCAUUCCCAACCGGACGGUACCGACGGAUGUGAGAGAUGAGCCAGGGAAGCUGCGGGAGUAUUCGGUCUUCCAUAUCUCAACUCCGCCUACUUCGCUUCUUCUCACCCUUUCGUCUCGCGUCAAGAGCAUUCACAUCUACCCCACCGAUGCUUCCAUCCCAACUAAAAGCGCACUUCAGCCCGCCUCAAGCACCGCACUGCUUCGGCGGCGCUACGCUCUUGUUACCCGUCUGAGCACCGUCCCCGUUUUCGGCAUCUUGAUCAAUACGCUCUCGGUGUCGAAUUAUAUGGCCGCACUUUCACACGUCCAAGACCUCAUCACCCGCGCGGGCAAGAAAUACUACGUUUUCGUCGUCGGCAAAGUUAAUGCGGCUAAAGUGGCGAACUUCGCCGAGAUUGGAGGCUGGGUGGUGAUUGGAUGCUGGGAGAGCAGCCUGGUUGAGAGCAAGGACUUCUACCGGCCCAUUAUUACGCCCUUCGAGCUGGAGGUAGCACUGACGGACGACAGGGAGAGGGUGUGGGGUGGGGAGUGGGUUGGAGAUUUUGCGGCUUUGCUAAAGCGUGGGGACAACAUGAGCGCUACUGGGCACGUCGCAGAAGAAAUGCCAGGUACAGUUGAUGGGUUCGGUGGUCAGCAUGACGGCGAAGAUAGCACGUGGGAUGAUCAGCCUUCAGAUGAAGAGCCAGAGUUCGAUCUUCGCACUGGCCGCUACGUCUCACAGUCCCGGCCGAUGGGACGUCAGAAACAGGUUUCAUCAGCAAGCCGAUCAAACGGCACGACUGCACAGUCGCAAGCGUCAAGGAAUGCCACACCCAGCUCAGCCCUAGUACAGCGUGCGAAAGGAGAGGUGGCGUUAGUUAACGGUGCAGUCUCACCAGCAGCCGAGUAUCUGCGCACCAAGCGCACCUGGCAGGGUCUGGGUAGCGACUACGAGAUUGCGUACGAACGGGACGCAGAAGGCAAGAUACAGGGCGCGUUGAUGGAAGAGGGGAGAUCUGGCGUUGCAAAAGGGUAUAUGGUGGGUUCCGCAGUCGAUCAGAGGACUUGAGCUGGGCGUGUGCCAUUCCGUCGUACCGAUAGCAAGAGCAAAGUACCAAGAGACUUUGCAAGCCACUCUUCGUGUAAGGCUGCAUGGCACUAUUAUACCGGCCUCGGCUUACUCUACUGCCCCUUGGACCGUCAUGCAAGUAAUACGCGUGAUCUCGUCUUUCUGUGUCUGCGUCUUCAUCGGUCUCAGAGGUAUACGCCAUGCCAGACACGCGCUUAGCCAUUGGGUCAUUAACGCGUGCAGAACCCCGGGAAUACUGAUGCGCGACAUAGCAAUAAUAGUGGCAUUGUGGUUGCAGGA